AUGGAGAAGGCCCUUGUGAAAGUUGGGAGCCUAAAAGCAGGCACGUUUUGGGUCUCCAAGAAAGCCAAACAAGAAAUCUCCAACAUCUCUCAAGACCUCUCUACACUUUCCAACACUGUAGAAGAGAAAGCAAAAUGGAUUUUUAACAAGCUCAAAGGGAAGCCAACUAAAUCCCUGCCCGAUCUCCUCAGGGAAAACAAUCUCCCACAAGGCCUUUUCCCUCAGAACAUAACAUGCUACGAAUUUGACGAGAUAAAAUCGAAGCUGGUGGUGUACCUUUCAUCCCCAUGCGAGGUGUGCUUCAAGGACUCGUCUGUCAUAAGAUACUCGACCCGUGUGAAGGCCACUUUGUCCAGAGGUAAACUCACAGGGAUCGAGGGUAUGAAGACCAAAGUCUUGGUGUGGGUCAAAGUCACGAGCGUGAACGUCGAGAGCUACAAGUCGGAUAAGGUUUGGUUCACGGCGGGCGUGAAGAAAUCGAGGUCGAAGGAUGCUUACGACACGCCUCGUGAUGCGAUCAGGGUUGUUGAAGUUUCCACUUCUAAAACGGGAAAGCACGGUCAUGCUAAAUGUCAUUUUGUCGCCAUUGAUAUCUUCACCGGCAAAAAGCUGGAAGAUAUAGUCCCCUCCUCUCACAACUGUGAUGUGAGUUUGCUGACUGAAAAUGGUAAUACCAAAGAUGACUUGAGGCUUCCAACUGACGAGAACCUUCUCACCCAGAUCAAAGAAGGUUUUAACGAGGGGAAGGACCUGGUGGUGAGCGUGCAGUCAGCAAUGGGGGAGGAGCAAAUAUGCGCUCUCAAGGACAUUGGUCCCAAGAUUUAUUCCUUCAUUAUGUGCACCUAUUUGUGA